UUCUUGCCCAAAACUCUUUGCACAGCACCUCUUGUUUGGAAAAUUUCCCUUAAAACGAAAAAAGAAUCUCACUAUUUUAUGUAAUGUAACCGAUAGGAUUUGUGGGGAUGACUUUUUGUCUUUAUGUACUAAAAUUCCAAUAAAUUUAAUAAAGAGCAUUGAUACCCUCAAACCCUCCCACAAAAUGUCCUUUUUCCCAAUCAGAUUCAUCUUCUGAUCACCACUUUAACCUUUCUGUCACACAUUAUUGAUGACAGACAGAAGUUGCUUGCCUGACCCAAUCAGAUUCUCCUUUUUCUGCCACCUAAUGUACUCUAUUCUUCUUCUUAUCAACAAUAGUUGCUGAGAUCUGUUCAACUAAUACAGAGUUUAAGUUCAGUGCAGAUAUGUUAAAUUACUAGAGUUCAAGUUCAGUGCAGAUCUGUUCACUUAAUACAGAGUUUAAGUUCUGUUAACUCUAUGGAUUUAACACUGCAUAAUAUGUUUUUUGAAAUGCUGCGAUUGGGUAUUCUAUUGUCAUUGAUUACUGUUCAGGUAACUUUAAGUGCAUAUGAACCUGAUCUCAUAAAUAAGUUGCCAGGCCAAAAUCAAAACAUUAUCUCCAAACAGUAUGGUGGGUAUAUUACAACUGGAGAAGACAACGGUAGAGCUUUAUAUUACUACUUUGUACAGGCAGAGACCAAUCCCACUUCUAGGCCAUUAGCAUUAUGGCUCAAUGGAGGGCCUGGAUGCUCAUCGCUUGGAUAUGGCGCAUUCAUGGAGCAUGGUCCUUUCAGGCCCAAAGGAAGUGUUUUGGAGAAAAAUAUGUACUCUUGGAACAUGGAAGCAAAUCUGCUCUAUGUAGAGAGUCCAGUUGGAGUGGGAUUUUCAUAUUCCAAUACUAGUUCAGACUAUGAGUAUCAAAAUGAUACACUAACUGCUGAAGACAAUUUGGCAUUUCUUUUGAAUUGGUAUGAGAAAUUUCCACAGUUCAAAGACGUAGACUUUUACAUAACAGGAGAGAGCUAUGGAGGACACUAUGUGCCACAAUUAGCAGCCCUUGUACUGGAUUACAACAAAAGCCCAAACAUCACACCUAUCAAACUGAAAGGAAUUGCUAUUGGCAAUCCCUUUUUGGAGAUGGAGAUGAGCAUAAAUAAUGGAGAAUUUAUGUGGUCGCAUGGUUUGAUCUCUGACCAAACCUAUCAACUGCAACAGGAUGUCUGUAACACUUCCAAAUUGUGGCUAGAAGCUUAUGUUCUAGGCAAAGAAUCACAAGCUUGUAUAGAUGUAUUUAACAGGGUAAAGGGUGAAGUCGGAAAUGUGAAUAACUAUGAUGUUAUCUUAGGCAAUUGUCUAGCAGCCUCAGCUGAUCAUGCAGUGCAGACAACAGCAUCUGGAAAGCUAGGGAGGCUUCAAAAGAAAAUAAAAGAAAAAUUUAACUUCGUUGAUCUGUGUAUUGAAGAUGAGAUAUACUCAUACUUGAACAGGGACGAUGUGCAAAAGGCCCUUCAUGCAAAUACAACAGGCCUAUCCUACGCUUGGAGUUUGUGCCAGAGAGGCAAUCUACAUUAUGACGAAGGAAACAGAGCAAUCAGUGUCUUACCAGUCCUAUCUGAUCUUCUGAAAUCUGGCCUACCUAUCAUGCUCUUCAGUGGAGAUCAAGAUGCAGUUGUGCCAUUCACGGCCACAAGAACAAUUGCCAAUAAUCUGGCCAAGCAGCUAGAACUACUCACUCUUAUACCAUACAGGAGUUGGUAUGAUCAGAGACAGGUGGCAGGAUGGACACAAUCAUAUGGUCAUCUAGUAGAAGGGAAGAAUCAGACAAUUCUUACUUUUGCAAGUGUAAGGGGUGCAGCACAUGAGGUGCCAUAUACUUCUCCAUCUCAGGGACUGACUUUGUUCCGGGCUUUCAUCAGAGAAUCAUCUUUGCCUGAAAAGUGAUCACCUAAGGCUGCAAUUGAGGAACAAGGCAAACACAUUGGCAGAAGUAUUAUCAGGGAUCAAGAAAUCAUGGUACCAUGGAAGGCCAAUAGACAAUGAAAUUGACAUUCUUCAUAAUUAGGUUAUAUUUUGUUGGUGCUGCAGAUAAAUGUAACAAUAUAUGCGUGAAUAAAAUUUAAAGCUAAUUCUUACUUGGUUUUA